UGGAUCGGGACACUCGGGCCUUGCGGCCUCGCACCUGCAUUAGUUACGGGAGCCGAGCCAUAGAGACUCACAAGGGCGGCGGGGUGGAAAUUUGAAAUAGUUUCAACCGGCCCGGGGGCAAGCUAAUCCCCCCUCUCCGCAGCUAAUGGUCUGUGCCGGCAGGCUGGUGGUUUGUUCAAUAGCAGCUGCUUGACUGGCCCUAGUUGUCCUUGGGCUCGGCGCGGGCGGCGGCAGGUCUAGGCCCGGCAGCAGGCGGCAGGGUGAGGCUUGAGCCAGGGGUGCCUGGGCUUGUGGGCAGACCAGGAGACUGCACUCCGUUCAGACCAAUCAUGGUGAAUUUUGUCCAAGCUGUGCGUGAAUACUGGGUCCAUAUUUUGUGUCCCAUGGGAUUUGUUAUUGGAUGCUAUCUGGACAGAAGGAAUGAUGAAAAACUAUCAGCUUUCAGAAACAAGAGCAUGUUAUUUAAAAGGGAAUUGAAACCCGGUGAAGAAGUUACCUGGAAAUAAAGGCUGUCCGUGAAAUGGGAAAUUCUUCCAUGUAAUUAAAUUAAUGUGUAUAACAA